AUGGACGACGAGAUCCCUGAUCUGGUCGAUGCCGGUGACGAUGGCAACAAGCCCGAUGCCCGGACCAACUCUUCUCCCACAAGGAAAGUUCCGAUUACCGUCGUAACAGAAUUCGGCAACACUGCCGACAUAGAGAAAUCCUUAACAGUGAACCAAAAUAACCAGUCGACUACCGAAUGGAUCCCGCUCGCGAACGGGUGUAUCUGCUGCAGCGUCAAAGAUUCGGGCGUGGCGGCACUGGAAUCCCUCAUUGAGCGACAGAAAGACUUUGACUAUAUAUUACUCGAGACCACGGGAGUCGCCGAUCCAGGUAACAUUGCCCCCAUGUUCUGGAUGGAUGAAGGGCUCGGGAGCAGCAUCUACCUCGACGGAAUCGUUGCUGUCGUCGAUGCGAAGAAUAUCCUGGGGAGCCUAGAUGAACCUGCUCAGGAGGAAAUACCUGAGUGGGAAAUGGAAAACGGCAGGGCCGAGAAGACUUCGAGUGACCGCCAUGACCACAAAACCCGCCUCCUUACCAUUGCUCACCUACAAAUCUCGCACGCAGACGUAAUUAUCCUGAACAAAACGGAUCUCGUGCCUGCUUCGCAGCUCUCAAUUGUCCAAGCGAGAAUAGCCUCAAUCAACAGUCUCGCCCGAGUCAUCCCCACCACUCGUUCCUGCAUCGACAGCCUUAUCGGAACCGUUCUUGAAUUGAACGCGUAUUCAACGUUUCCCGUAUCAUCGUCAUCAUCAUCCAUUCCCGAUUUCGCCUCCAAAGGCCAUUCGCAUCUGGACCCGACAAUAUCGACUCUGACACUGCCGCUUCCAAUUUUCGACCCGCAAAAGCUGCCCUUGUUAGAAGGUUGGCUUGAGACGCUUCUCUGGGACGCUGAGGACCGACAAGCCGGUCAGGCACGACGGUACGAGAUUUACCGCACGAAAGGACUGGUUCCACUAACAGACGGUACCGUACGAGUUGUGCAGGGAGUAAGAGAGAUCUUUGAGAUCAUCGAGGUGCCGAAGGACACGGAGGAGAGGGCCAAAGAAGGGAAAAUCGUUUUCAUCGGGCGAAAUCUAGAUCUCCUCGAGGGAGACGGAGGGAACGGCCCAUUCAAAGCGUGA